AGGAGUUUGGCCACACAUCCUGAAUGCGAACAGUUCAUGGCAGCCAAGUUUGUUGACUAUUAUGCGCUGCUGGGCUGCUCACCGAGUUCCACCCACUCGGAGCUCAAGCAGGCGUAUCACGAGAAGAUCCGCGAGUUCCAUCCAGAUAAGCGCCCGGACAGCCGGGAGGGUCGAGGCAAGAAGAUCACCGCGGAGCUGAACGAGGCCUGGGAGGUGCUGAAGGACAGCGCCCGGCGCGACGCCUACGACAAGGAGUGGCACAGAAAGGCCGCCCCCGGCGCCAGCGGCGCGCCCGGCGGUGCGAGCAGCGCCGCGAGAGACGGCGCGAGCGGCGGCGCGAGCGGCGCGGACGAGUGCCGGCGCGCGGGGAACGAGCUCUACCGCGCUGCCUGCGCGGUGGCCCAAAACGCCGAGGCCGGCGGCACCUUUGGGCCCGAAGGCAUGACGUGGGUGAAGCUGGCUCUCGAGAAGUACCAAGCGGCCAUCAGCAUGUACUCCAAGGGCCUCGCAGCGGCUCCCGAUGACCAUCGGCUCUUGAACAACAGGGCCCUGUGCUUCGCGGCGCUGAAGAUGUGGCCAAAGUGUCAGGAGGAUGCCCGGCGGGUCACGGAGGUGAAGCAGGACUUCAGGAAGGGAUGGUUCCUCUUGGCCAAAGCGCUGUGGAAGGAGGGGCGGCCGGAAGAAGCGAAGGCGGAGCUGGAGAAGGCGCUGAAGCUGUUGCCCGACUCCCCGGAGUUGCUGGAACUUCAGGCGGAAGUCCACCUGUCCGUCUACGAGGCCUCCGGCGGCCAGCUCCCGGCCAUUGGACGCCGCGCCAGCGUCCGGAACAUUUCGCCGGUGGGGACGCCCCCGGCGAGCUCCAUGCGGGUGCAGCCGCCGCCGCCGCUGCACCGCCCCAUGCCGCCCCGGAAACGCUCGGCCGCUGGUGCCAACCACCCGGUGCCGCCCACAGAGAGCAUGAGCUCCCUCAACGACAGGUGCGCGCAGCAGUUCCUGUCGAAGAGUGGCACGCUCUGGCCGCUCAAGGGAUGGCGCAACAAGACGGGCCUCGACACCUUGGCCGGCCUCGAGGCAACCGGACGCUUUGGGGAGACCACCGCGGACUUUGGGGAGAAAGUGAAGUUCCUUGGCCGGAGCAUUGGCAAGGGAAGAGCAGAGGCGAGGACGCUCUGGGACCUUGCUCAAUUUGCCCGUGGCACGCACACAGGCGGCGUGCGCACAGGCUGUUGAGUUUUUCCUCGUGAGCGUUGGCCGGAAUUGCACAUUUUUGCGAGCUGUACAGCCAAUUCACUGCAGGAAUCUGGGCUCCGAAGGAGCCGAGUGCGCCGCUGCCUAGGCCCCAUCUCUAGAUGGUGGCAUGUAUGAUUCAUACAUCGUCUCACUCGCGCAUGCGGUUUGCAUGAGGCGCAUCGAUGC